AUGAAAAUGUCUUUUAAGGCAGUGGCCGCUACAUUAACCCGUACACUGUGGACUAAAGGACACAAGACUCCUCCUCUUGCGCGAUCUCCCAAAGUUAACAGACUUUCUACAACAUGUAGAGUGUCCGCGGCAGGCGCAGGGAUAGAGCAGGGCUGCAAAGAAAAAACUAAAAUCGGCAGCUCGGACAGGCCGAGUGGCGAGGUGCCAUCAUUCACCGAGCCGGCUCACAGAUGCACGACUGGGGAUAAGAAACGACCCACGGGACCCAAAGAGCCCGUGGGUGCUCCCGGUGUUGCUACUGGUGUUAAAAGACGGUCACACACCUCCACCGCAGUUCCAGCGAACUCGACGUCCUACCUGUGGGCUCGUUACAACGAGACGAAACGGCUGGUUCACGAUGUGAUCCCACCAGGUGCGUGUAACCUCCUCAACUCCUCCACCGUCUACGCCAACAAUGAGGUCAACCUGGCUGAAGUGGACAUCUACGGCUUUGACUAUGACUACACACUGGCUCUGUACUCAAAUGCGCUCCACUCAAUGAUCUACAAUACAGCGAGAGACUUCCUAAUUGAACACUUUAAGUACCCUGAAGGCAUCCGCAAAUAUGAUUACAUUCCCAACUUUGCCGUUCGGGGUCUUCACUAUGACAUCCAAAAGGGUCUUCUGAUGAAGAUAGAUGCCUUCCAUUACAUUGAGCCAGGAACGGUGUAUCGGGGAAUGAGCCCAGUGCCAGACGAGGAGGUCCUUCAGCUCUACGGGGGGACCUACCAUGUCCCCCUGCAGCAGGACAGUGGCUUCUAUGGAAAGGGACCAAAGGUUAAGCAGUUCAUGGACAUCUUCUCCAUUCCUGAGAUGACUCUUUUGGCCGCGACAAAUGAUUUUUUCAUCACCAGCGGCAUCGAAUACGAUCCAGUUCACCUCUUCAAGGAUGUCUCAGAAGCAAUUGGCAUGGUUCACCUGAAAGGCUACAUGUACAAGUGGGUCAUGAAAGAUCUCGAUAAGUUCAUUCAGAGAGGAGAGGAGACGGCUGCUGUUUUGCAUCGAUUGGUCAGUCAGGGAAAGAAACUAUUCCUUAUUACCAACAGUCCCUUCAGCUUUGUGGAUAAAGGGAUGACACACAUGGUGGGGAAAGAAUGGAGAGACUUCUUUGAUGUUGUCAUUGUCCAGGCAGACAAACCUCACUUCUUCACUGAUUGCAUCAAACCCUUCAGGCGCUUGGAUGGUAAUGGAGACCUUCGGUGGGAAAAGAUAAACAGUUUGGACAAAGGACAGAUCUACAAACAGGGAAAUCUCUUUGACUUUCUCAGACUGUCAGGCUGGCGAGGUUCAAGGGUUCUUUACUUUGGAGACCAUCUGUAUAGUGACUUGGCUGACCUGAUGUUGCGACAUGGCUGGCGAACAGCAGCCAUAGUGCCGGAGUUGGAGCAGGAAACCAAAGUGGUGAGCACAAAGCGGUACGCUCUGAGCCUCACCUGGCUACAGGCUUUAACCGGCCUGAUGGAACGCCUACAGACUCAUCGGGACCCAGCAUCUAAAGUGGUGUUUGAGGAAUGGCAUAACGAGAGAGAAGAACUCAUGGUGAUGACAAAGAACUUGUUCAACCCUCAGUUUGGCAGCCUCUUCCGAACGUGUCACAACCCCACUUACUUCUCCAGACGUCUGUGUCGUUUCUCGGAUGUCUACAUGGCCUCGCUCAGCUGCCUUUUAAAUUACGACCUCUCGUACACCUUCUACCCCCGCCGCACCCCCCUGCAGCACGAGGCUCCUCUGUGGAUGGACCAACUUUGCACAGGCUGCAUGAAGACACCUUUUCUGGAGGAGAUGUCUCACAUACGAUGAGAUCUCUGUGCUCUCCUCAGUGACUGUCUAAUGUUUCCUAUUUUAGGCCCAGCGGACAUAUCUUAGAUUCUUAUACUGUAGCUAGUUUUAUUUUUAGUCGAGAAGGUGCUGCACAACUCCCUCUACAGGGAAAAGGAUCCCUGUUCUACCCAUUGACAUAUA